GAGAAACCUACGUUGACGACAGUACAAAACCAUAUUCUUUGAAAAUUAAUUUGAAAUUCGAGACUCUCAUGGACCCUCCAUUUUUGAGGCACCAGGUUUGGUAGAGCCUUGUUCCUGUCCACGGCAUCAUGGCCACACACACUCAGCCAUGUGGCAAGGCCAUGGCUGUUUCAGAGGAGUGGCGCCAGCAAUGGAUUGAGGCUGUGUCCAAGAUCCGUAGCAACGUGUCGUAUGAAGAGAGUGCCCAGCAACUCCGGAGCCUGCAGCAGACCGGGCUAUUGAAGCUAACGGACCUGAAGUACAACCCUGGCAAGUUCUUUGAGGCUCAUCGUCUCCUUGCGCGGCAUGCGCCCAACUUGGGCCCCGGCUUUUGGAUCCGCUUCACGGUGCACUACAAUCUUUUCGCUGGGUCAGUCCUAGCUGUGGGCAACGAGCAGCAGGUGAAGCAACUGGAGGAGAUCCAGCAGAAGGGCUUUUUGGGCUGCUUCGGCUUGACUGAGAAGCUGGCAGGUGUUAAUAGUGGCGGUGUGGUGAACACUAUCGCGGAGUGGGAUGACCAAACCCAAGAGUUCGUGAUUACAUCCCCAGAGGUGGGCGCGCAGAAGAAUUGGAUCUCACAGGGCUUGGUGGGUGAGCUGGCAGUGGUAGUGGCAGAUCUACGUGUGGCCGGCAAGAGGUGUGGUGCACAUGCCUUCCUCAUGGAGCUUCGAGAUGCCAAGGGUCCAGUGCCCAACGUGGAGUUUGGAGACAUGGGCCGCAAAACGGUGGGCAAUGAUCUAGACAAUGCCUGGAUUGCUUUUCAUGGAGCCAGGGUUCCUCGACACACCUUGCUCAGCCGCUAUGGAGAUGUGCAGCCUGGCAAUGGCGGCACAUAUGUGAGCAAGGUCAAGGGCCUCACCAACAUGGCCAUGAUCGGUCAACGACUCUUCAGUGGCCGCGUCGCGGUGGCCUGGGCGGCGCUCACCUUCACCCGAAAGUUGUUCGAGAUGACUCGGGCAUAUUCUGAUCACAAGAAGUGUUGGAUCCCCAAGAAUUCCACCUUGACUGAAGUGCCGCAGCUUCAACAUCUGUAUCUUCGUGCGGAUGAGACCCUGAAGAAGCUGGAGAACUUCGUUGGCAGCUGUGAGAAGCAGCUGAGUGAUUGUUUGCAGAAGGACGAGAUCCCGCCGAUGGCCCUCCAGGAAGCCAUUGCCUCCGCCAAGAUCCUUGCGAGCGAAACGAGCAUCGAUCUUUGCUUCCGCCUGAAGCAAGAUGUGGGCUCUCAUGCGCUCAUGGGCGACACAGGAUUCGAGCAGAUGGACUUCCUACAGGCCUGCAAGUUCGCCGAGGGUGACUCCAGGAUAUUGAUGCAGAAGUUGGCUCGAGACCGCGUGCGUAUUUCAUCUCCUUUGGGAUCCAGCUUCUUGGACUGA